AUGCAGGACUCCGGCGGAUGCAGAGGGGUUGAAAAUAAUGACGUCCCGUUCGGACAGUGGGAGUGGGGAGGACUCGUUGGACCGGCUCCUGCCUCAUGCCGGGGCCCCCCGCAGGAAGAGCACCACCACGCUGAGUAAAACAGAGCCCCCUCUGCUCCGCACAGGCACGCGCACCAUUUACACCGCCGGCCGCCCUCCCUGGUAUGACGAGCACGGAGCUCAGUCAAAGGAGGCCUUUGUCAUUGGGCUGUGUGGGGGAAGCGCCUCAGGGAAAACCACCGUAGCAAAUAAAAUCAUUGAGGCCCUGGAUGUGCCUUGGGUCGUGCUGCUGUCUAUGGACUCUUUCUACAAGGUCUUAUCUCCAGAGGAGCAGCUCCUGGCAGCAAAGAAUGACUACAACUUUGACCACCCUGGGGCGUUCGACUUCGAGCUGCUGGUGUCCACCCUGCGAAAGCUCAAGCAGGGAAAGAGCGUGAAGAUUCCAGUGUACGAUUUCACCACACACAGGAGACAGAAAGACUGGAAAAAUGUGUAUGGGGCCAGUGUUAUCAUAUUUGAGGGAAUUAUGUCUUUUGCGGACAAAGAGCUUCUUCAGCUCUUGGAUAUGAAAAUCUUUGUCGACACAGACUCAGACAUUCGACUCGUCCGCCGGCUCCGCAGGGACAUCACAGAGCGCGGCCGGGACAUUGAAGGCGUCAUCAAGCAGUACAAUAAGUUUGUGAAGCCGGCGUUUGAGCAGUACAUCGAGCCGACCAUGAGGCUGGCUGACAUCGUCGUACCUCGAGGUGGUGGGAACAUGGUGGCCAUUGAUCUGAUAGUUCAGCACGUCCACAGCCAGCUGGAGGAGCGCGAGCUCAGUGUCAGAGCACUCCUGGCCUCUGUUCAACAGACUCAGCCGCUGCCUCAGACUCUUAGUGUGCUGGAAAGCACGCCACAGGUCCGAGGCCUUCACACCAUCAUCAGGAACAAGGAGACCAGCCGUGAUGAAUUCAUCUUCUACUCAAAGAGAUUAAUGCGUCUUCUUAUCGAGUAUGCGCUGACAUUUCUACCUUCUCAGCCUUGUGUGGUUCAGACUCCACAGGGCUCAGAAUACGAGGGCCGCAGCUACAAUGGGAAAGGAAUUACCGGCGUGUCCAUCCUAAGGGCAGGAGAGACCAUGGAGCCUGCACUGAGGGCCGUGUGCAAGGACGUCCGCAUCGGGAAAAUUCUCAUCCAGACCAACCUGGACUCAGGCGAGCCAGAGUUGCACUACUUGCGCUUGCCUAAAGACAUCAGCGAGGAUCAUGUCAUCCUAAUGGACAGCACAGUCUCCACCGGCGCCGCAGCCAUGAUGGCGGUGCGAGUCCUGUUGGAUCACGAGGUACAGGAAGACAACAUCAUGUUGGUGUCCCUGCUGAUGGCUGAACUUGGGGUGCACUCUGUGGCCUACGCCUUCCCGAAGGUUAAGAUCAUUACCACCGCUGUGGACAAGGACCUGGACCAAUUCUUCCACGUUAUUCCUGGUAUCGGAGACUUCGGGGACCGGUACUUUGGGACAGACGGGUCAAUCAGCUGCUGUGAUGAUGAGGACCAGGAACAGCUUUCAUUGUGACUCAAAAUCCUGUGAAAAACAUGGUACCAGAGAACUCUGAUUCAGACAUAGACUGCAAACAUGUUCUUAUAUUUGUUUUUUACUCUAUAAACCAUGUUUCGUACUAUAAAAAUAUAGUAAUUAUGAUUUACUUUGUCUAAGGACUUGUGAUAGAGGAGACACAGUGCCAUCACCUUGAAAUUCAGCUGUGCAUUACUGUAACUUGGACUGUUAAUUUUUUUUGUUUCUUAAAUUUUUCUUUGUCUUAAAUUAACAGGUUGAGAUAUAGAGGCACUGUGACAUUCAUCUGUUAUUUUAUUUAGUAUACUAGGCUAAUAAAAGCCUUCUGUUCUAAGAAAUGCUGCAGCUGCCUUUUAAAAAAAAAAUAGAAUUUUUUUCACAUUUAAAAAUCUAUGCAAAAAAACUGUUGGAAGAUUUUACGAUAUCAAAAGUAACACAUCAACUCAAAUGACACCGUGACAAUAUUGUUAGCUAAAUCUGGCCGUGGGUUUAAUGUUUGACGUCUUUUCUUUUAAAAAAGCUCCAGUUUUACAUUAGAGUGAAACUUUCUCAGAAUCAAUCGGGUUCAGUGUAGAAUAGACGAUAUUUUUCACAUUCAUUGUUUCUCUUCCUUAAUUCUGUUCUGCACAGGCGUGGAUCCUUUCCACAGCAGUUUAACUUUGAUGAAAGUAAAUGUAAAUUGUAAAUUGCAUGUACUUAUAUAGCCCUUUUUCAAGUCAGAGGACAUGACCAAGCGCUUUUCAUUCACCUAUUCACACACACGCACUGAUGGUGGCGAGCUAGAUCGUAGCCACAGCUGCCCUGAGACUCACUGACA